GUCUGGGCGUCACAGUCUGCACUUCAAUAAUAUCAGGGAGUCGCUUUGGUUGCAGUUACAGCUGAGCAGGAGAGAAAAAGACAUCCAAAACAAGACUGAUUAGGGCUUGUCUCCGCUCCGACUCGGAGUUAUUACUCCCCCCUCCCUCUGGCUCUGCUGGUUUGGGGUUUGAAUGGCAGCAAAUGUGAUAGACAGCACAAGAACUCUCCUCUCCUCCUCCAGAUUAUCCCCUGCCCCUUUAUUUCCUUUUGCUCCUCUCCAGGCUGCACCACAAUCUUUGGCUUCUGCGUUUUUGUGUUAAUAUUGUCCAACAGGAGGCCUUUACAGUCAGUCUUAAGGUUUGUUAUUAAUUAUAUUAUUAUGGUCUGCGUUUAUAGGCUCGAGUUAGACACGCCUGUUUAGCCUAUUACUCCCUCUAGCUUUUAUGUAUUUAUUCAUUUAUGUAAUAUUCGACCAGAAAACUAAGAAAUAAAAGUAAACAAAAACACUCAUCUGUUUCUACGCUAUCACGGCUCCGUUCAGCUGGGCAGGACCACCCCGAGGGCGCGAGCUCAGAUACGUCACGACGGUUCAAACAGCUACCGGCUCAUGCAGCUCGGCUGUCUGGAGUCGGUGGCCAACUCCUCGGUCGCCUACUCCUCCUCCUCGCCGCUCACGUACCCGGCUCCGGCGGGGACGGAGUUCGCCUCGCCCUACUUCUCGGCCAACCACCAGUACACGCCCCUGCACCACCAGUCCUUCCACUACGAGUUCCAGCACUCCCACCCGGCCGUGGCCCCGGAGGCCUACGGGCUCAACUCGCUGCACUCGGGCCAGUACUACCAGCAGAUCCACCACGGAGAACCGGCGGACUUCAUCAACCUGCACAACGCGCGCUCGGCACUCAAAUCCUCGUGCCUGGACGAGCAGCAGCGGCGCGAGCUGGGCUGUCUCGACGCUUACCGGCGCCAUGAUUUGUCGCUGAUGACGUCACAUGGCUCUCAAGCCUACGGCGUCGGUAUGCACCACCCGGACCAGCGGCUGCUGCCCGCCGCCGGCCUGGGCCUCCCUCCGCCCGCGGCGGACGACCUGCAGGGCUCUGUGGAGGCGCAGUGUGGGCUCGUUCUGAACGGCCAAGGGGGCGUCAUCCGGAGAGGAGGAACGUGUGUCGUGAAUCCCACAGACCUGUUCUGCUCGGUACCCGGCCGACUCUCGCUGCUCAGCUCCACCUCCAAAUAUAAAGUCACCAUCGCAGAAGUGAAACGAAGACUGUCCCCGCCAGAGUGCCUCAACGCCUCCCUACUGGGCGGCAUACUGCGCAGAGCGAAGUCCAAGAACGGUGGCCGGUGUCUCCGGGAGAAGUUAGACCGUCUAGGCCUCAACCUGCCAGCAGGACGGAGGAAAGCCGCCAACGUCACCCUGCUGACCUCUCUCGUAGAAGGUGAGGCGCUCCACCUGGCGAGGGACUUUGGCUACACCUGUGAGACCGAGUUUCCCAGUAAGGCGGUGGGGGAACAUUUGGCGAGGCAGCACAGCGAGCCGAAAGAAACCAGCGCGCGCAAGAAGAUGGUUCUGGCUACCAAGCAAAUCUGUAAGGAGUUCCAGGACUUACUGAGCCAAGACCGUUCUCCUCUGGGCUCCUCCAGACCGACCCCCAUCCUGGACCUGGACAUCCAGAGACACCUCACACACUUCAGCCUGAUCACUCACGGCUUCGGCACGCCGGCGGUUUGUGCGGCUCUCAGCACCUUCCAGACAGUCCUGAGCGAGAUGCUCAACUACCUGGACAAAACCUCGAGUGGGAAAACGAGCGGACCAAACGACCAACAGAUCAACAACAGCUCGGACAAAACGCAGCUCCGGAAAGCCGUCGAAUCCCAGAAUAAAGACGGGAAAUCGGAAAAGACUGAGUAACCCCCAACCACCUGGUCCCCGUGCCUUGAAGCGCUGAAUUUUAGGAGUGUGUGUGUGUGUGUGUGUGUGUGUGUGUGUGUGUGUGUGUGUGUGUGUGUGUGUCCUCUCAUGCUGGAUUUGUUAAUCCCCACAUAUCCUCUUUGGGACUUAUUUAUUGUUAUUUAUUUAUCUUAUUUUGACGCCUGUGCCAAAAGUGACACACGGGGGGGGGGGGGGGGGGAACCCCUAACUCGUGUCACAACAAAAAGGAGCGUCGUCAUGGAAACGGCUGUGAUUCAUCUCGGACUUUUGUUUACUUUCUCAUGCUGAAAACAGGAUGCACGUUGUUUUUCCAGGACACGGGUGUGAACUCAGCUAAAUCUGACAUUUUCGACACACUUCAGGUUGGAAUCGGUGUGAUUUCAGUCUGAAUUAUUCAACAAUCUGCAAAACACAAGAAGUAGUGAACCCUCUUUUCAGCCAUGACUUGCUUAUUCUAGUUUGGACCUAAUUAUUGGAGAAAUUUCACAGAUUUAUUCCAUUUGAAAAAAAUAUUGUGUCUUUUUGGACAUUUUAUUUGGAAAAUAAAACAUUUAUGAAUGCACAAACACCUCCUGCACCAGCAAGAGCACUUAUUACGUCCUUAUUAGGUUCAUUUUUGUUGCUUUUUCUGCAGUCAGUGCCACGAGAGCCUGUGUGUUUGCUUUGUGAAUGACAGAGUGUAUGUGUGUGUGUGUGUGUGUGUGUGUGUGUGUGUGUGCAACAUGUGUGUGUGUCAAAUGAAGAGAAUGUGAGCAGGAGAGAAAAAAAGGUCCAACUCAGCCAUUUUGUAUAGGGUGACGUCCAAGUUGCCGUCGUUCCUCUUCCCUGUGCAUGUCUGUCUUUGUACACAAUCCAGAUGGCAGGUUUCGGUCUCUCUGACCGGCUCGUGAACAUUUGUAAAGAUAUAUAUAAAUAUUUAAAUAACUUUUCUUGUAGGCUUUCAUCUAUAUAAAUGUUAAAUCCCUUCUAAAAUGCUGGUGUUCAAUAAAGACAGUUGUGUUCUACA